CAGACUACAACACCCAGACGCCCAGAGUCAGGUACUUCCUGGUCAGACCGACAGGCAGCCAUAUUUGAUUCGAUUAUGCUUUACUGGUUGCGACGACUAGUUCAGCUAGUUCUGGAAGAAUACGGUCUUUGUACUCGAUCUCAGCUACAUUUACAGGUUUAUCUACGACAACCUUAGUGGUAUCUCCAAUAGUAACUUUAUAUCGUGUGUAGUCAACGAUGAAUCCUGAAUAUGACUAUUUAUUCAAACUGCUCCUGAUUGGCGAUUCUGGUGUCGGAAAGUCAUGUCUCCUUCUCCGGUUUGCAGAUGAUACUUACACAGAGAGCUAUAUAAGCACCAUCGGUGUGGACUUCAAGAUCAGGACCAUAGAACUUGAUGGCAAAACCAUUAAACUUCAGAUUUGGGAUACAGCCGGUCAAGAACGGUUCAGGACCAUUACUUCCAGUUACUAUAGAGGAGCCCAUGGCAUUAUAGUGGUUUAUGAUGUCACAGAUCAGGAGUCCUUCAACAACGUGAAGCAGUGGCUCCAGGAGAUAGACCGCUACGCCAGCGAGAACGUCAACAAGCUGCUGGUGGGCAACAAGUGUGACCUGACUACCAAGAAGGUGGUGGACUACACAACAGCCAAGGAGUUUGCAGACAACCUGGGCAUCCCCUUCCUGGAGACCAGCGCCAAGAGCGCCACCAACGUGGAGCAGGCCUUCAUGACCAUGGCUGCCGAGAUCAAGAAGAGGAUGGGCCCGGGGGCCACGGCCGGCAGUGCGGAGAAGUCCAACGUCAAGAUCCAGAGCAAGCCCGUCAACACCACCUCCGGGGGCUGCUGUUGAGGCCCCCACCACCCCAUCCAGUGAGGGGCGUACCCCAAGUCAGCCGGGCCCCGCCCCCCAGUGCCCCACCCACCAACAAAACCCUGACCCAUCUAAUGUCCCCCUGCUUCAGACCCCCCGCCAACGACAAGAAACACGACCAGAACCCUGACCGUCUCCAACGUCCACCACGACCAGAACCACAUCUAGAAUCCCGACCGUCUCUAACGUCACCCUGCUUCAUAGACCCCCAGCCACCAGGACAACGACCCGUCUUACGUCACCGUGCUCCACAGGGAUGGCAGAGGGGGAGUGAGAGGGAUCCAGCAGAAUGAUUGCAGAUGAGGGUCAUGUUAGCAGAUACAGAACAGGCCCCAGCACGGUGAGCCCACCCGCCUGGAGGAACACUGCUGCUCUCAUUCUUUUAUCUUUAUUAUGUCUUUCAUACUCAAAUGCACACCCGAUUUGAGAAGUUAAUAAAUCAGCAAUUUUUUAAAAGUCUAGAAGUGACUUCGACCAAUACAUUAAAUGCAAGUAUCACUAUUUGUGUUCCUUCCCUUCUUCUUCCCCUAUUUUUGGUUCAUGUGCCGAACUCAGCUGGGUUGCUUGUUUCUGAUAGUUUAGGCUGUGGGUAACCGGCAUGAGGUCCUCAGGACGAGCAGAUGAAGCUGCUGCUGUUAGAGCACGCGGCAUGCAUGUCAGCAGAGCUCAUGACAUUCCCCCUCUCUCUAUCCCCCUCUCUCUCUCUCUCAGUGCAUCUGGUAUGCAGUCGUUUGGGGAACCUGUGGUGGUUUCCUUUACUAUAAGACCAGAUUAGGUGGAGGUAAUGUCCUGGUUCAACCUCUCAAUGUGGCACCACACCCGCCCCCUCCUAGUUCAGAACUAAACGGCCAGUGCCUUUGGGGCCAGAGUCAGACGUGAUGUUCUGCAUCUGAUGAACCGUGAUUUUGGCAUAGCCCCCCCAUUCCACCGCAACGGGCUAGCUCUUACUGCUUAAGAGAGUUCAUUGUUAGAUGGAACCAAGCAAUCUUGUGUGUGUGUGUGUGUGCGCGUCUGUGCAUGCAUGUAUGUAUAUGUAUGUACUAUCCCAGACAGGGCUGUGUGCUGGUAUAAAGGAUUCAACCUGAGCAGGGCUGGGACGCAGUGUCCAUAUUGUUAAUUACUUCGCUUAUAGUUUCUCAACCAACAGCACAACCGGAGAGACGACCACCAUCUAAGCUAUGAGAUACAUCUAUAAACUGUAUAUAUUUAUACAUAAAUGGAGGAAUUGAUUUGCAAAUUCGAUAGAGAACCAAGUGAAUGACAUAAAUUUAAGGAAAUUGUUUGUAAUCUCAGUCCGUGAUUAAGUGGCUGCAGACAUGAAUUUUUGUGGCACAAUGUCUACUAUUAAACAAUGAAGGAGAUCUUUGAUAA